AUUUUAAAUUAAAUGCGUAAGCAGGCAGAAAGAAAGAAAGAGCACAAAACUUAUUCUAUUGUGAAAUCUGAGUCUGAGUUCAAUUCAUGUUAGGUAAUUUCAAAAUAAUAUUCACGUUUGCAAGUGCUAAUAAAGUGACUCCAAAAUAUAUGUUCUACGCCAAGGAAUAUUGUGUUAGAUAAAUAUUGUACAAAAGCGACUCUCACAUUAUAAACAUGGUGAAAGUAUAUGCCCUUUUAGUGCUGUAUAAAGGCAUCAACAAUGCUUCAAUACUCAAAUCUGCAUAUGACUUGCAGAGCUUUAGUUUCUUCCAAAGAAGUUCUGUUCAGGAAUUCAUGACAUUUGUCAGUAAAACCAUGGUGGAAAGGACCCAGCAGGCAUCAAGACAAUCUGUUAAAGAAGGUGAAUACAUGUUACAAGUGUAUGUGAGAGCAGAUAAUUUGGCAGGAGUAUUGAUUUCAGACCAUGAAUAUCCAAAUAGAGUGGCUCAUACACUGAUUACAAAAACUUUAGAUGAAUUCUCGGCUUUAGUUCCUGCAGCUAAUUGGGUGACAGCAAAUGAGAACACAGUAGAUUUCCCUGCCUUACACCAACAUUUGGCCAAAUACCAAAACCCGAGGGAAGCAGAUGCUUUGACCAAGAUCCAGAAUGAUCUGGAUGAGACAAAGAUAAUAUUACAUGACACUAUAAAGGCUGUGUUAGAGAGAGGAGAGAAGUUGGAUGAUUUGGUGGAGAAGUCUAACAGCCUCUCAAUGCACAGUAAAGCAUUUUACAAGACUGCGCGUAAGACAAACAGUUGCUGCUCUUAUUGAGUCAAUGGGAGUGACUCUGACUGGGCAUAUUAUAACCACUGAAGGAAUUUACGAUACUGUUUCUUGAUUAAUGUAUUUAUGUGAAGUUCAGACCUGCUGAGAACAUGUGAUGGCUGAAAAAGCUGAAUCUUUUAAAGUAUUACAUAUGUACUGCAUUUAAGUUGGAUGUUUCCUCUUUCUGCUGUUAUUUACGAACAGGCAAGGCAAUAAGUAUGAGGAACUUUUAUUUUGUUUUCAUCUUUGUUGGACAAUAAUAUGGAAUCAUUUAGUGCCUUUUUCCUGCUCCAAGACCAAUAUAAAGUUUGUAAAAUUUGAACUACAAAAGUAGUACUGCAGCAAGCUAUCAAUAACGAUCAGCCCCAUUAAGUAGUAAUAUAGUGCCACAUUCUUUUGUGGGAACUCUGUUGCUGUUAUAAUGCCUGUUGAGCUGAGAUUAAAUUCAAAUGAAUGAAAUUACCAUUUUCCGUUACAAGGAAUGUUUAUGAUUACAUUGAAUGUUUUUUUGGUAUUGGACAGCCUCACAUAUUUACUAUAAUAAUUAGGUAGGAGUGGGACAACAUUAUUUCCUUAAUGGAUUAUUAUUUUAUUUUAUAUUUGUAAAACAGUAUCCGAAAACUUUUGUUAACUUAGGGUGUUUAUAGUCUCAUAUUACUUUUGUAUAGCAAACAAGAUUAUAGAUUAAAAUAAAAAUAAGGGUGUUUGCUGUGUUAAGUAUGCCGCAACCUAUUCUGCAUGUUUCAGUUAUUGAAAUUAGGCUAUUUAAUAGAAUACUGACUCACACAUACUCGAAAUAUCAGUCAUCUAUUUCUGUCACACACAAGAUUUUGUGAAUAAGACAGCCAGAUUCCACAUAAUCAAUAAACACAGCAUAUCCCCAUAAAUAAUUUAAUUAAGAUAGAUCAGCUAUGGUAGUUAGGCUAUUUAAUAGAAUACUGACUCACACAUACUCGAAAUAUCAGUCAUCUAUUUCUGUCACACACAAGAUUUUGUGAAUAAGACAGCCAGAUUCCACAUAAUCAAUAAACACAGCAUAUCCCCAUAAAUAAUUUAAUUAAGAUAGAUCAGCUAUGGUAGUUAGGCUAUUUAAUAGAAUACUGACUCACACAUACUCGAAAUAUGCAUGAGUUAUGUUUUGUUUGAUUUCAUGAGAAAUAUUAAAACGGAACAAAUAUUAUAUAACUCUGUUGUCGCUCUGUUAAAAGGCCUAAUACAAUACUUUUAUGUAUUAGGAUUGGGACAUAAAUUAUAAUGAAUUAAAUAUAUUUUGAGUAUACAAAUAUAUCUAUUUGUGUGUUUGACUGUAAUAUUGUAAUGCUAUAAUAUUGCUCCAAUUUGAUGAUGUGUGCGCGAGUAUAUCAAGAUGCCAUGCCGCCGAUCACUGUGUUGUAUAAAUAUUUGAUGGCAUGUCAAAACUGCCAAAGAAUAUAGUUAUAAAAUCGAUGGAGUGUAUUUAUUUUGACUUUGAUUUAUGUAAAUCGUCAUUACAAAAAAGAUACACUCCGAUAUUUGAAUAUUUGCCAAUCGUCAUCACAAAAAAAAUGGUUUUGUCUGUUAUUGUUCAUAAAUUUGGAGUAGGUGUCUCAUUUACCUAUGUUUUUUCAAUUUUUAUGAAUGCCGAGAUGUUCACAAAACAAAUAAUUAAGUAUUAUAUGUUUGUUAUUUACGUCUGGACCAGAGGCAAUCUUUGAUAUACGAUUCUUAUUGGAUUACUAAUUUUAAUGCCAUGCCUAAAAUGUAUACUUAGCAGUAUUGAAACAGGCAAUAGCUAGUAGGUAAAUUAGUAAAUUCUUAGUAUGAGAGCUAGAAAUCUGUGUUCAUUGCUUGCCUGGUGGCUUGUAUGCUUUAGUGAAAAAAUAUUCUGUAAAGUGUAUUAUUAAAAUAAUAUUUAGUUAGGCGCCAUUGGACCGCAAUAGUUUUGAACCAACCACACACAUGCAAGUUAACUACAACUUGAUUAGUGUAUAAUUUUUAUGACGACAUGAAUUGCGAACGAGUACAAAUAAGUUCAUCAGAAUUGGUUACUAACAAAGAUUUUAAUACAGUUUUCAAUCUCUGGUCUGGUUACGAAAGAUAGUUUCGAUGGCGGCCGGAAGGCUACUGGCCGGAAGGACGGGAAGUAUUAUAUAAAUCUAUGCCGAACAUCACAUAGUUUGGAUUGAUAAGAGUUUGUAUAAAGUCAGAUUAGGAAGGUAAAAAAAUAACUAAAUUAAGACUAGUAACGCACGAUCAGAUUAAGCAGGCGCCGAAAAAGCGAUAAAAAGUAAUAAGCUUUCGAUAGCGCUAUCGAUAUUCUAGAUGUUUUUCAACUGCCGAUAUUCAAACAAUCGAUUAUUCAGCAACACUAAGCGGAAUCGCGUUUCUAGCCUAUCAAAAUGGAAGCAUAUUGCGGUCUCUUGUUUUGUGUCCUAUAUGGCGUUAUGUCCUAUAUAAAAGUAUUCGAUAUUGGAAGAUUGGUGUUAAAUAUUAAUUAAAAUAACCUGUUAAACAUUCCUGCAAUAGAGCAGUAUGUGUACAUUGUUGUAUGGUGAAAAUUAACUGAUUUAUUGAAGUUUCGAAAUGUGUCUUUUAAAAAAAAGAGUUGAUAAUAAUGUAUAUUAUUGCUUCAGGUGUAUUCGUGAAAUAAAUCGAUAUUUACUGUUGAAACAA